AUGCAAAUCAAAUCUGCCAUGCACGUGCCCUUAUCUCUCAAAGCCGAUAUUAGCCUGGGAAUAAUCCAAAGUUCUUAUAAGUUAAUUUGGCAGAAGAAAUCCGAACACUGAACGCUGGGAUAAGGAGCUUUUUCAAAGACAUGCCAGAUAGCAUGACAUUCUCGCGCGCUUUGCAGGUUGCAAUUUUUGAUCUUUUUUUUUCUCCGAGAAAAAAAAAAAAUCCGCCAUUUAUUCCGGUUGUAGAAGAGAAACACGAGAGUACCGCUGGUUCUUUGUCUUCCGUAGUGUAAUUUUUAAAUGAUGCGCGGUUAGCUGGGAGUUACCUCUUUAGAGCUCCACCGGAUAAAAAAAAAAAACGAUUUCGCGCAAAAUCUCGCGAGCCUCACAGUUAAAGUCAAAAAGCGAUCCCGUAAGUCCGCGCGCGAGUCAAAAUUAGCGCAAAAUUAGCAAAUUAGCGCUUUGUUUCAUUUUCUGCGCGCGUAUCCAUAAUACCUACGAGAUGAAUCAUUGUUGUGGUUAAUCCGCAGAAGUCAGAUUUUCAUCAUGUUAUUUUGAUCCCAAACGAGGAGGUAUUCUGUUUUCAAUGAUGGCCACUGACAAGAGAAUAUAAACUCUUGCCACUGACAGUGUCACUGUUGGCCUUAAAUGUAAAAGGGUGCCAAGCGAUGCCAUUAUUAUCGGGUUGUAUUGGCCUCAAUGAGGUAAAAUACUCCAGAAAAUUACAUACUGAUGAAUCACAAUGUUUGCAUAGAUUAUAACCAUAAAUCUUGUUGCCGCAUUAAACUGUAUAUAGCUCACACGCGGGUACAAGUGUUCGCAAGCGUUUUACCGCCCGUUCAUGGCGGAGAACGCGGCUGGGCCUUUUCACUGGACUCACUGGAGGCGUUUCUGGAAUGUCGCAUGCCUGUGUUGAGGCUCUUCUUCCGUAAUUCUUAUCUCUGCAUCUCAAGAGGGCCAUUUGUUUUAUCGCGGUUCUUUUUAGUGCCUUUUGUUUUUUCCUCUCAAUCGGAUACCGAUUUGGCAAUAUAUGGUGAUGGAAACAUGCUUCAGACUUUGAACAGUCGGGAAAGACUCCUGAAGAACUCAUGAUGUUCGGCUCCAGUUCUUUGCUGCAAUGCUAUUACGAUAUAAUAAAAUAUGCUUGGUGUCAUGAAUUUUGAUCGUUUUUGUUUUUUUUGUGGCGUCCCUUGUAAGGAUGCAAAAUUUUCUCUCACUGUGUUCAGAAAUAUGGCUUCUCCCACAAAGUUUGGCUCUCAUCAGUAAAAAAAAAAAAAAAAAUGAUAUCUUAAGUUUUCAUCUGUGUUCGAUAAUAUUGGGAUACACAGGUAUAUCACGAUCGAUUGCCAAAAGUCUGCAAGAAUACAACAAAAUCAGUUCUAAUUUCAGCCCAGGUCAAUAUAAGCUUUACAUUGUGCUGAAACCUUUUUUGUUAUAAAUGGUCGCAAGGAAUUGAAAUUGAGUGUGUGUUUGGGUAACAUAGUAACAAUUUCCUCCAAACGGGAAUGGUAUUGCUAGCGAGUUUAGAGAUCGCAUCAGCUCCACUUUGUAAGUUUAUGCAGGAAUUCCGAUCUCUUUAAGAGUGAUUUACGCCUUCAUGGCUCGCGGCUAUGUGAUUUUUGAGGGGUUAUAUUGGAUCAGAUAACUCUUGUAUUUCACUGCGACAAAGCCCCGCCGGCAGUUGGAGAGUAUUUAUAGAUAUCACGCCUCAAGAUAUUUUGAAAUGAUCUUCUUGACUUCAUCACUGGAUUAUUAAACCCGUGCUGGAAGAGAAAGUCGCGUUAAUUGAAACGAGAUAAGUGUCUUCGACAGGAACGAGAUUAAUGGUUCAUUAUUUUUAGCGUUUCUUUGACAGGUGGGUACGUACAAGAUCUGAGACAACCAAAGUGCAAGUCAUUUACAUUCGGCACGACUCAGCGAAUGUUGUUCAGUCUGAUACGACGGUGAAGAGAAUCUUAAAUACCAAGAUAAACCAGUAAAAAACCAUGGCUCUGGAGUUAUUGGCACUUGCAGUUGUGGUCAUUGCCGCUGUACUUCUAUACAAUGCUGUUUCACACCAGAGGGAGAACCCGAAGCUGCCACCUGGUCCAGUUCCUUUCCCGAUUAUUGGAAACAUGUUGCAAAUGGGAACAAAACCACAUCUUGGUCUUACGAAGCUCGCCAAGAAGUUCGGCAAAGUAUUUCGGCUAACCGUCGGAAUCCAUCGGAUCGUGGUUGUCAAUACCAUCGAUGUUGCUAGGGAAGCACUCGUUAAGAAGUCUAACGACUUCGCAGGCCGACCUCGCCUUUACACGGCCGAUCUUAUCUCCAGAGGAGGGAAGGAUAUCGCUUUUAGCGACUUCAGUCCGACAUGGAAACUGCAAAGAAAAAUCGCGCAUUCCGCGCUCAAGAUGUUCGGACAAGGCAUCAAGCCUAUAGAAGAGAAAGUUUGCCAGGAGAUUGACGAGCUUAUGAUACGUUUUGAAAAAGUUGAAGGACGCGCACAUGAUCCUCAGGAUGACAUCGUCUUGGCUGUGAUUAACAUUAUCUGCGCAUUUGUAUUUGGGUCCCGUUAUGACCUAGACGAUCCCGAGUUCUACACCAUACUCCGCUACAACCAUCAGUUCGUACAAGGAUUCAGAGCUGGAAAUCUCGUGGAUUAUUUCCCGUUCCUGCGCCACUUCCCUAGUAAGGGAUUACAACUGAUCAAGCAGGCUGUCAAAGACCGUGAUACUAUUCUGCAAAAGAAGUUCGACGAGCACAAAAACACGUACCAAGAUUGCGUGACGCGUGACCUGACCGACGCCCUGAUAAGAGCCAUGCGAGAGUCACAGACCGAGAAUCCCGAGAAAGCAUUACUGAUUACCGAAGACCACGUGGUGUUAACAAUGAAUGACAUCUUCAGCGCGGGACUGGAAACCACUUCCACCUGCGUGCUGUGGGCACUUGCGUACUUAGCUAUCAAUCAAAAGGUGCAAGAGCGACUCCAUCAGGAACUGGAUGACGUCAUCGGGAGAGAGCGCCGUCCCGAGUUGGCAGACAAGCCAAACUUACCAUAUUUGGAAGCGACCAUACAUGAAGUGUUGCGGUAUAGCUCGUUGGUUCCUUUGCUUUUCCCGCACUCGACCACAACAGACACAAAUUUGAACGGGUUUGAAAUUCCCCGAGACACUAUUGUGCUGUUUAAUGUGUGGGCCAUGCAUCACGAUGAAAACGAGUGGCAGAAUCCGGACGUAUUUGAUCCUUCACACUUUCUUGACGCGGACGGCAAACUUAUCUGCCCCGGAUCACUCAGUUAUUUGCCUUUCGGGGCCGGAAGGCGCGUUUGCCUUGCAGAAUCACUCGGGAAAAUUCAGCUUUUCCUUUUUAUCUCUCGCUUGCUACACAAGUUUCGCUUUAGCGUCCCACACGACGCCAAGGAGCCGGAUUUGGAGGGCAUCUUUGGUGCCAGCUUAUGCCCAAAGCCAUAUCAUUUGUGUAUAGAAAGGCGUUGCUAGAGACAUCUGAGCAUAUUCACAGACUUAACACCAUCUGGUCAAGCUAACAAAACUGAGCCGAGUCCAGUUAACCUUCAUUGUUAGUUUUGAACGACAAAAACAAACACGUUCAACCAGUAGAACUACCUGGUACAUAUUAUCAACAUUUGUAUUAUUAACCGUGGUUUAGUGUGAAACUUUAAACGCCAUGCAAAUACUGUCAUUAUGAAUUUGCAGCGCGGAUGAAGCAAGUGAUUCGAAAAUACAAUAUACGAAUGAUUGAACAAGAUCAUUCUAUGCAAUUUACACCCGUACUCGUGUAAUGGUUGAGGGCAGUGUCCCUGAGUUCAAACGAGGACUGUGGAAAUUUAUAAACUGAGAUACUUACAACAACUCUUUUUUUUUCCUUGAGAGUUGAAACAUGUAUAUUCAAGUGGAAGUACGAACAAUUUUUACAUUUAAGAUAUUGACUCAGCAAAGUCACAAAAGUUUACAACAAUGCAGUACUUUUGUACAAGUUUGUUUUUUUUUUGCUCCCGGCCCAGCAGGUCGAGUAUAUUAUUAACAUUGACUUAAUAUUAUAGUUUCUAUAUUUUACUUGAUGACAUUAUCCAUAUGAAUUAAAUGACUAUUAUUUUA